AUGGGAUCACGGAACAGUAGCAGCGCAGGAACUGGGUCCGGAGACCCCUCCGAGGGCUUGCCCCGAAGAGGGGCUGGCCUGCGUAGGAGUGAGGAGGAGGAAGAGGAGGAUGAAGAUGUGGAUCUGGCCCAGGUACUGGCCUAUCUCCUACGCAGAGGCCAAGUGAGGUUGGUGCAGGGAGGAGGUGCAGCAAAUUUGCAGCUCAUCCAGGCCCUCUCGGACUCAGAGGAAGAGCAUGACAGUGCCUGGGAUGGUCGUCUUGGAGACCGAUACAACCCACCGGUGGAUGCAACCCCCGACACCCGGGAGCUGGAAUGCAGUGAGAUCAAGACACAAGUGGAAUUGGCCACAGGGCGGCUGGGAGUUAGGCAGGCAGCGCGGGAGCUCAGCUUUCCUCAAAUGCUGCACCAGAGAGAACGGGGCCUCUGCCACCAGGGAAGCUUCUCCCUUGGAGAACGGUCUCGAGUGAUGUCUCACUUCUUGCCCAACGAUCUGGGCUUCACUGAUACCUACUCUCAGAAGGCUUUCUGUGGCAUCUACAGCAAAGAUGGUCAAAUCUUCAUGUCUGCCUGUCAAGACCAGACAAUCCGACUAUAUGACUGCCGGUAUGGCCGCUUUCGUAAAUUCAAGAGCAUCAAAGCCCGGGAUGUCGGCUGGAGUGUCUUGGAUGUGGCCUUCACCCCCGAUGGGAACCAUUUCCUUUACUCCAGCUGGUCUGAUUACAUUCAUAUCUGCAACAUCUACGGGGAGGGAGACACACACACUGCCCUGGAUCUAAGGCCAGAUGAACGUCGCUUCGCUGUCUUCUCCAUCGCUGUCUCCUCAGAUGGACGAGAAGUGCUAGGAGGGGCCAAUGAUGGCUGCCUGUACGUCUUUGAUCGAGAACAGAACCGGCGGACCCUUCAGAUUGAGUCCCAUGAGGAUGAUGUGAAUGCAGUGGCCUUUGCUGACGUCAGCUCCCAGAUCCUGUUCUCCGGGGGUGACGAUGCCAUCUGCAAAGUGUGGGAUCGACGCACAAUGAGGGAGGAUGACCCCAAGCCUGUGGGCGCGCUCGCCGGACACCAGGACGGCAUCACUUUCAUUGACAGUAAGGGUGAUGCCCGAUAUCUCAUCUCCAACUCCAAAGACCAGACCAUCAAGCUCUGGGAUAUCCGCCGUUUUUCUAGCCGGGAAGGCAUGGAAGCCUCUCGCCAGGCUGCCACGCAGCAAAACUGGGACUACCGCUGGCAGCAGGUGCCCAAAAAAGCCUGGCGGAAGCUGAAGCUCCCAGGGGACAGCUCCUUGAUGACCUACCGGGGCCACGGGGUGCUGCACACCCUCAUCCGUUGCCGAUUCUCCCCUACCCACAGCACUGGCCAGCAGUUCAUCUACAGUGGCUGCUCCACUGGCAAAGUGGUCGUGUACGACCUCCUCAGUGGCCACAUCGUGAAAAAGCUGACCAGCCACAAGGCCUGUGUGCGUGACGUCAGCUGGCAUCCCUUUGAGGAGAAGAUCGUCAGCAGUUCGUGGGACGGGAAUCUGCGUCUGUGGCAGUAUCGCCAGGCUGAGUACUUCCAGGAUGACAUGCCAGAGUCGGAGGAGCAUCCCAGCACCCCUGCCCCAGUGUCCCGCCCCUCUGCAGCCUUUUCCUCGCCCCAGUAG